GUUCAGUGCACAGCUUUGCGAUGAUCACCCACCAAAUCCAAAUCAGACAGCAGACGAUGGCAUCGGCAGCGCCAUACGCCAGCAGCAUACCUUGCCUGACAAAACCACGACCACCACCGCCCGGAUUCAUCUCCCCUCCGCCGGCUCGCUCCGGCCUCCACCUUCCAACCCGAUCCACCAAGACCAGGAGACCAAUCGUCGGAGCAGCAGGAGCCCUCCCCUCCUCCUCCAUGGCGGGAGCCCAGCCUCAGACGCGCGAUGUCCCACAAGAAGGGGCGGAGGAGGCAAUGAAGCUGCUGUUCGUCGAGAUGGGCGUCGGGUACGACCAGCACGGCCAGGACAUCACCGCCGCCGCCGUGCGCGCCUGCAAGGACGCCAUCUCCUCAAACUCCAUCCCCGCCUUCCGCCGAGGGUCGAUACCAGGGGUGAACAGUGAGCAGAUGAAGCUGCAGAUCAAGCUCGGCGUGCCAAGGCCGGUGCAGCAUCUGUUGGACUUCCAGAGAAUUAAGGCCGUCUUCCCCUACGGCGAGAUCACUAGCUGCGAGGUUGUUGAAGGUGGGAUGAUCUGUUCGAGCGGAACAUGCAUCGAAGCAAUGGGAGAUAAAAAUGACGACUGCUAUAUUGUCAACGCCGCAGUCUACGUCGGUUACUAAUGUCAGUUUAAGGAAUCAUGUCUUAGAACAGAAGACUGGGAGAUUUUCCUAAGCAAUAAUCAUGUAACUGUCAUCAUAGUUACCAUGGAUGGCGAUGUUGUUGUUAGCAUCAUAGUUAUAAUUCACAUGAACUGGCCUGUACAUUUUCACUGUGUGCUCUAAGAGCAUCUCCACUCGUCUCCCCGAGAAGCCCCCCACGAGCCGUUUUUUACAUCCGGACGGCGAAAUCCGGCCCAGUCGCGCCCCCGGUUCCUCGAUUUCGUCCGGAUUUGGGCCUAAAUUCAUCCGGCGAUCCCACGCCAUCCCCGGCCCCCCGGGGAGCGCUCGGGGACUCCGGAUGGAGCAAAACCAACCGCCCACGCCCACGUGUCUCCUCUUUCGUCCGGACUCCCCGGGCCAUCCUCUUUUUCCCCGAGAAACGCCGCUUGGGGAGCACACUACUGGAAAUAUACUGCCCCCCAUGCCAAAAAUUGAUCCAAUCCGGACGAAAAUUUCGCCGGAUUUGGGCGUGGGGAGCGCCAACGAGUGGGGAUGCUCUAAGGUGUGGGCAAGUGGAGAAUGUUGGCUGCAUCCUCCUUUCCUUUAGGAUUCUUGGUGUCGUGUGAUUGGCUGAGAGGUUGUCCUUGCGCCUGUCUAGCUAGGUACGAGGACGCAUUCAGUCAAAUUUGCCUUGAGCGGGGAGCAUCAUGUACUUGUCUGUUCCUGCUGCAGCUAUGACUUGGGCUUUGUCUUUGUGCCUGCUAACCGAAUUAUGUGAUUGUGCUGGAAGGAGCAGGCCUCAGAAAUUCAAGCUUCAGUCUCUGCAUCCGGUUGCACCCAUUUGAGCAAAUACAGUGUGGAUAGAGCUGGUCUUGGUCGCGGUAAAACGCGUGGAGGCGGUCCAAGCAGAAGGUGUGCUAGAUCUGGAUCCGUGCUGUGAUAUGUAAAUUGCCACUAGCUUGUCCAAGUACAUGGAGUUAAUGACUAAUUAUCAACAGGGAGUGACUAAUUUUUGUUCCA